GAUCUCUGUUUCAAAGGAAAGGCUGGGAUGGACUUUGGGGAACUUGGCGAACAGUCUGUCUGACAGUUAUCUUCCCCUUGAGUGACCCACAUUUCCUCUAAAGAAAGAUGGAAACAAUCAUGCCCCUCGUUCUGAUCUUUAGCCUCCUUCCAAGUGUUCACGGAGACAACAGCACUAUGGAGUGUGCUUCGUGUUAUCUCGGGGAGUCUUGCCAACAUAAAGUGAAUUGUACAGAUGCAGGAAUGAUUUGUGUUUCUCUUGAGGUGGGCGACACCUUUGGUGGGGGAAGCAGUGACGGGGUCUAUAAAGGAUGCACUUCCCCACGCUCCUGUACGCCAUUAGUCCUGACCAUGAGCGUCAUGCCUGGAAGGCAAGUCCGGAGCAACUUGGCCUGCUGCGCAACAAGUGGCUGUAAUGACCAACUGACUCUAAGCGUGCCUUCAACGAGUUCGUGGAAGAAUGGGAUGUAUUGUCCAGCCUGUGAGAACCAGAACAGCAGCUUGUGUGAAGGCCAAACUGACACCCCCUGCACAGGAGCAGAAGAGAGUUGUAUCAGCCUUGAAGGAGUGUCUAUCGGGAAUUCGAAUCACAACUUCUCUAUGAGGGGAUGUGCUACGCCCAGCGCCUGCACCAUGAAGGAAAAUGACCUCAUGUCCUUUGGAGGUGAUGUCUACAGGCUGACCCGGAAUGCCACUUGCACAAAUAUGGGAAGCCUAGGAGCCCUUCCCUCUCUAGCUACCCUCGUCUUUCAGGGUCCCCCUCAUAUUGAGGGGGCCAAUGUCCCACUUCUUGGGCCCUCAUACUCUAAAGAGUGA